UAAAUGGCAAAAGGAAACUUCACUACAAUUACGGAGUUUGUUUUGCUGGGAUUCACAGAUAACCAGAGCAUAAAGUUUCUUCUCUUCAUUGUGUUCUUAUUGAUAGAUUUGAUGAUCGUGGUGGGGAACAUUGGCAUGGUAACAUUAAUCUGGAUUGACUCCCGGCUUCACACUCCCAUGUAUUUUUUCCUGAGCAAUCUGUCAAUCUUAGAUAUUGGUUACUCCAGUGUCAUUGCUCCCAGGACACUGAUAACCUUUGUAACAGAAAGCAAAACAAUUUCAUUCACUGGCUGUGCCCUGCAGUUUUUCUUUUUCUGCAUUGCUGUAUCCUGCGAAUGCUGCCUGCUGGGUGCGAUGGCAUACGACCGCUUCAUCGCUAUCUGCAACCCACUGUUGGAUACUGCUAUCAUGUCCAGAAAGCUCUGCAAUUUGCUUGUGGUGUCUUCAUAUCUAACAAGUUGUGUGAAUGCAGCGGUCCAGACUGCAUUUAUAUUUAAUUUGUCCUUUUGUAGGUCCAAUAUCAUCAACCAUUUUUUCUGUGAUGCACCCCCUAUCCUAAAGCUCUCCUGCUCAGACACAAGAGUCAUAGAUAUAAUUCAUUUUACUUUCUCUACAGCAAUUGCAUUUGUAACUAUCCUAACCAUACUGGUCUCUUAUACAUAUAUAGUUGUCGCCAUCCUUCGGAUCAACUCAGCAGAGGGCAGACGUAAAGCCUUCUCCACCUGUGCCUCUCACCUUAUGGCUCUCACUCUAUUCUAUGGGACAGCUGUUUUCAUGUACCUAUGGCCCAGUUCAAAAUAUUCCAUGGAACAGGACAAAAUAAUCUCUGUGUUUUACACCCUUGUAAUCCCUAUGUUGAAUCCACUCAUCUACAGUCUGAGAAAUAAGGAGGUAAAAGAGGCUUUCAAAAGGCUGCUUGGGGAAAAGGUUGUCGCUCAGAGACACUAA